CGGGGUUGCAGCCUCUCGAGUCCCUGGUCCAUCCGGCUUCGUAGCGGACAUGGCUGGCUCCCGGCUCCCGCGGCAGCUUUUCCUCCAGGGUGUGGCCGCGGUUUUCAUGUUCGCCUUCGCUUCCCUCUACACGCAGAUCCCGGGCCUGUAUGGCCCAGAUGGCAUCCUACCUGCACGGAGGACACUGAGACCACAGGGUAAGGGGCGCUGGCAGCAGCUGUGGGAGACACCAACGCUACUGUGGGAGGCACCGAGGCUGGGGCUGGACACAGCCCAGGGCCUGGAGUUGCUGACCCUAAUGGGCACAGUGCUGGCCCUGGGUGCCCUACUGCUGCGCCCUCUGCGCCACCCCCUCAUCUACCUGCUGCUCUGGGCUGCCUACUUGUCAGCCUGCCAGGUGGGCCAAGUGUUCCUCUAUUUCCAGUGGGACUCCUUGCUGCUGGAAACCGGCUUCCUGGCUGUGCUGGUGGCACCCCUGAGGCAGCCUCCCAACCACAAGCAGACCCCUCAGGCCUGGUUGGCAGGGGCCUCACCCCAUGAAGGCCUCCCCUUCUGGCUCGUGCGCUGGCUGCUGUUUCGCCUCAUGUUUGCCUCUGGUGUGGUCAAGCUAACCAGCCGCUGCCCCACAUGGUGGGGGCUCACUGCCCUCACCUACCACUAUGAGACACAGUGCCUGCCCACACCUGCUGCCUGGCUCGCCCACCACCUGCCAGUUUGGCUGCACAAGCUCAGUGUGGUAGCCACCUUCCUCAUCGAGAUUGCAGUGCCCCCUCUGUUCUUUGCCCCAAUUCGCCGCCUGCGUUUGGUUGCCUUCUAUGCUCAGGUGCUUUUGCAAGUCUUGAUUAUCAUCACUGGUAAUUAUAACUUCUUUAACUUGCUAACCCUGGUGCUCACCACUGCCCUCCUGGAAGACUGUCACCUAGCUGCUGAGUCUGGCCACAGCCACCAUAAGAGGACACCUACCUCCUGGCCCAAGGCCCUCUUGGCCACACUGUCAUUGCUACUGGAACUGGCCAUCUAUGGGCUGCUGGCUUAUGGCACCGUGCACUAUUUUGGCCUGGAAAUUGACUGGCAGCAGCGCACCAUCCAUUCCAGAAUCACCUUCACCUUUCACCAGUUCUCCCAGUGGCUGAAGACAGUGACGCUGCCCACCAUGUGGCUAGGGGUGGUCUCCCUGGCCUGGGAAGUGCUGAUCACCUUCUGGAGGUGGACCCAGGUACAGGGGUGGCUGCGGAAGCUCUGGGCUGGGAUCCAGUUCUCUGUGGUGGGUGCUGCCACAGUUGCCUUGUUCUUGAUCAGCCUGGUGCCCUACUCUUAUGUAGAGCCUGGGACCCAUGGACACCUCUGGACUGGGGCCCACCACAUGUUUGGUGCUGUGGAGCACCUGCAGCUGGCCAAUUCCUAUGGCCUCUUCCGCCGGAUGACUGGGCUAGGUGGGCGGCCUGAAGUGGUUCUGGAAGGCAGCUACGACGGACAGCACUGGAUAGAGAUCGAGUUCAUGUACAAGCCUGGGAAUGUGAGCCGACAGCCCCCUGUCCUGGUGCCUCACCAGCCACGCCUUGAUUGGCAAAUGUGGUUUGCAGCCCUUGGCCCCCACACACAUAGUCCCUGGUUCACUAGUCUGGUGCUCCGCCUGCUGCAGGGCAAGGAGCCAGUAAUCCGCCUGGUCCAGAGCCACGUCACCAGUUACCCCUUUUACAAGCAGCCACCCACCUACAUCCGGGCCCAACGCUACAAGUAUUGGUUCUCACAGCCUGGGGAGCAAGGCCGGUGGUGGCGACGACAGUGGGUAGAGGAAUUCUUUCCCUCUGUGUCUCUGGGGGACCCGACGCUGGAGAUGCUGCUCAAACAGUUUGGGCUUCAGGAUAAGACCCCACCUCGGGCCCACAGCUCCAGCAGAACCCUGGCCCAGGCCUUGCACUGGGUGAGGACACAGCUGUCUCCACUGGAGCCUCCCACACUACUCUGGAGUCUCCUCGGGGCUGUAGGAGCUGUCAAAAUAGUGCAAGCCUUGUUGGCCUCCUGGCCAUUCCAGUCUUCACCUCUGAUCAGAGGCGAAAAGCAAAAGCCAGCCCCCAAGAAGGACUCCAGAGCAGCUUCUGAGCAGGCUGUUCCAGCCUCCAACAAUGGCAAUGGCUCCCGGGCCCUCCGGCGGAAAAAAUAGAUGUGCUUUCAACUGCAGGCUGCCAGAGGGUUGGGCUCACAGACGUCUUCCCCGCAGCAGGGACACAGGCAAGCCGCUGUGCCUUAGCCAGUCCCACUGGUACACACUCAGGUUGGAGUGCCGAGAAUGACUGGGUGCUGCCUGAAGGGCCCACUGGUCCCCUCGUGCCAAUCAAAACCCUAUCCAUUUACUCCCGACCCCAUGCACCCUCACUUCAGCCGUUGGCCCAGGUGGUGGGAAUGCAGCAGGGCAUGCAGAGAAGCCUAAUUCAGGCCCCUCCUGGGGAAUAAUCUGCCUGGGAAGCCCUGCCUCUUCCUCUGACUGUAGAGCUCCAAGUCUGGAGCCCUCACCUCAGCCCCAGUGCAGAAGGGUGGUAUUCACAGAGGAAGGGAGCAGGAAAGGCAGACCUCUGCAAUGGUGGCUCCAUACUUACCUGCCCCUUCUUCAGAUCUACCCUUUAAACCUGUUCUUCGGAUCCAUACACCAAUAAAGGCUUCAUGUG